AUCAGCAACCUUUUGACUACUGCACACUCAAGAACAUUCGGUCGUUAAUUGAAUCAACAUGACGAAAAUGAAGGCUCUCGUUACACAAGGAGAAGGCAAAGUCUCAGUGCAGGAGAUUGACGUGCCCAAGCCUGCUGAGGGGGAGAUUCUGGUCCAGGUCACCUAUGUCGCUCAGAACCCUACAGACUGGAAAGCUGCCGGCUUUGCGAAGCCCGGCAUGAUCAGCGGCUGCGACUUCGCUGGCAAAGUCGCUGAGCCCAACGGCUCGUCCUGGAAAAAGGGACAGCGCGUCGCAGGCUUCGUACAAGGUUCCAGCAAGAACGGUCUCGGCGAGGAUCCCCUCCGCGGCGUAUUUGCUGAGUACUGCGUCAUCGAGAGCAGCUUGGUCUACAGCAUUCCCGACGACAUCAGCGACCAGCAGGCAGCGGUGAUCCCGCUCGCGUUCGCGACAGCUGUGCAGGGCUUGUUCCAGCGCCUGGCGCUCCCUGAGCCCAGCAAGCCGGCCACGUCCGCUUUCCCGCUGCUGGUCAGCGGUGGCGCGACCUCGGUGGGCAAGUACGCCAUCCAGCUGGGCAAGCUGGCAGGUCUGUUUGUCGUUGCCACCGGGUCGAAGCGCAAUCACGAGCUGCUCAAGUCCCUCGGCGCGGACGAGACGGUCGACUACAACGACAAGGACUGGCCGGAGCAGGUCCACAAGAUCACCCACGACGGGCUCGAGCACGCGUUCGACUGCAUUGCAGAGAAGGGCACAUACGAAGGCUGCGCGGCCGCCAUGUCCUCCACCAAGGGCGGACAUGUCGUGGGUCUGCUGCCCCCUGGAAAGAGCCGUGACGAGGUUGCCAAGAUCCACAGCAAGGUCAAGCUAGAAAGCACCAUCGUGUACACGGUCUUCGCGCGCGCCCUGAACUAUCCUAUGGACAACUGUGGCGGGGAGACGCCACAGGACAAAGCAAUUUGGGAGAAGUAUCUGGGACUGCUCCCUGAGCUUCUGAGCAGCGGGAAGGUCAAGCCGAACCGCAUCAGGGAGGUUGGCGGGCUGGAUGAUAUUCCGACAGGCUUCCAGGAGCAGAAGGAGGGUAAGGUCAGUGCUGAGAAGCUGGUGUACAAAAUCUCGGGGGCCUCGGGUAAGCUGUGA